AUUAAACUUGUUUUACUCCACCUUGUCUGUAAGGCCUGAAUCUCUGUUCAAGGGUCUGGGAACGAAACUUCCACCACACACCCCCUAAGAGAACGGGUGCUCCCUCCAGUCCAGGGCAGGAUUGAGGCACAGAGACUGAACUGCUCCCUCCCUCCAUCCCUCACCCUCCUAAGAGAACGGGUGCUCCCUCCAGUCCAGGGCAGGCUUGAGGCACAGAGACUGAACUGCUCCCUCCCUCCAUCCCUCACCCUCCUAAGAGAAAGGGUGCUCCCUCCAGUCCAGGGCAGGCUUGAGGCACAGAGACUGAACUGCUCCCUCCCUCCAUCCCUCACCCCCCUAAGAGAAAGGGUGCUCCCUCCAGUCCAGGGCAGACUUGAGGCACAGAGACUGAACUGCUCCCUCCCUCCAUCCCUCACCCCCCUAAGAGAAAGGGUGCUCCCUCCAGUCCAGGGCAGGCUUGAGGCACAGAGACUGAACUGCUCCCUCCCACCAUCCCUCACCCCCCUAAGAGAAAGGGUGCUCCCUCCAGUCCAGGGCAGGCUUGAGGCACAGAGACUGAACUGCUUCCUCCCACCAUCCCUCACCCCCCUAAGAGAAAGGGUGCUCCCUCCAGUCCAGGGCAGGCUUGAGGCACAGAGACUGAACUGCUCCCUCCCACUAAGAAACAGAAAGAGUGCUCCCUCCUAACAAGGAUACAGAUUUACAGUAUAUGCUCACACAGCUGCUUCACUAAGGAAUACAAACUUGUUAUGUGACUGACUCAUGUGGUAGAAAAUUCACAAUACAAGGUAUUCUCGACAAUGUUAAGAACACAUACUUUAAUGUAAUAACUUGUAUUGUUCCACCCUGUAACUGUUUGUACUUUUCCACUCUGUAUCUUAUUCUUGCAACAAAUAGCUACGUGCAGAAUAAUGCUGCUGUCAGCGAGGGGGGUAACCACAGCAUCCUGUCUGCUAAAUGUGAACGUUGACAGGUGGCAACCGAUUGCAGAAGUAGAAGUUGUGAGUUAUGAAGAUAAUUUCUGAACCACCCUUUUGACCGCCUGUUCUACUAAAAAUAUGUUCUCUGUCUCCUCUGUAUGCAAGAGUUUCGCUCAAGUUGCUACAUGCCCAACUGUCACUUAGACAGUUUGCGGAGGUACCUAUAAAUAUCCAAGCUAGGCAAAGCUAUGUGGGCUUGUUCUCUAACUGACUCUGCACUGAGUGUUGUGACUAGCUCCAGGUUUGCAAAUCUUAAUAAAGCUUGCUGUUUGAGAAUCUACAGUCUCUCUUCCUUUCAAUAGAAUUUCCACGACACUCGGCUCAUAAGAACUUCAGUGACGUAUAUAUUAUGUUUAAAUACGUUAUUUAUCCGACAUCGACGUGCAGCUAUAAACUGCUCAGAAGUCCGCAGACUCGUUGAGGAGGGGGCUCACCUUUCACAGACACAGCGUCGUUUCAAAGAGAAUAAGAACAACAGUCAGAAGUUAAAAACCUGGCCGAGCCCCGCAGAGUUGUUCUUCACUUAUUUAAAUGGUGUUGGGCACCCGUUGACGAUUCAGAAAAAUCCUGUGUGCUGCCAUGGACAGUGUGAAGAUGGAAUCUGUCCAGAUUAAAGAGGGGUUCCCUGAACUUGAACUGGUCCCCAUUAGAGUGGAGUUCUCUGGGCUGGCUUCCCUCCCCAUUAAACAGGAGCUCUGUGAGAUGCAAUGUGACAGCAGUCAGCCAGAGGUCUGUGAGAUUAAAGCUGAACACAAAGAAUUGGAGAUCCCCCAGACAGAAGAACCCCUUCCUGUGAAACAAGAAGAGGUGCUGGAAACUGUCCGUAUUAAACAUGAGCCGCCUGAAGUAGAGUUUGAGCAAAUGGAACCAGUGAAGGAAGAAUCCGAGGACUUCAAACCAAACAUCCCUGAGCUGGAGCCUGUACGCCUGCGGGAGUGUAGCGUGGUGCUGGAGAGAAUCUGCAUCAGAGAGCAAGGCGCUGGAGAGGAAGGCUCUCCCAACAGCACGCAAGGAGGUGGAAAGGAAGACGGGCGCUCCCAUUCAGAAUGCAGUCUAGCAGGUUCCAGUCCAGCAGCUAAAGCGAGGGCGGGCGGUGGAGAAUAUCCUGACUGUGGGAAAGGUUUCAUUCGCUUAGGAAACCUGAAAACACACCAGCAAAUUCACACAGGAGAAAAACCGUAUCGCUGCUCUGACUGUGGGAAGAGUUUCAUUCGCUUAGGAAACCUGAAAACACACCAGCAAAUUCACACAGGAGAGAAACCGUAUUGCUGCUCUGACUGUGGGAAGAGUUUCAGUGUGUUGCAAAACCUGAAAAAACACCAGCGAAUUCACACAGGAGAGAAACCGUAUUGCUGCUCUGACUGUGGGAAGAGUUUCAGGGAAAGAGGAAACCUGAGAAAUCACGAGCGAAUUCACACAGGAGAGAAACCGUAUUGCUGCUCUGACUGUGGGAAGAGGUUCAGUCACUCAGUAUCCCUGAAAACACACCAGCAAAUUCACACAGGAGAGAAACCGUACUGCUGCUCUGACUGUGGGAAGAGUUUCAGUCAGUCAGGAGCCAUGAAAAAACACCAGCGAAUUCACACAGGAGAGAAACCAUAUUGCUGCUCUGACUGUGGUAAGAGUUUCAGUCUGUUAGGACACCUGAAAUCACACCAGCAAAUUCACACAGGAGAGAAACCGUAUCACUGCUCUGACUGUGGGAAGAGUUUCAGAGUUUCAGAACAACUGAAAAGACACCAGCGAAUUCAUACAGGAGAGAAACCGUAUUGCUGCUCUGACUGUGGGAAGAGUUUCAGAGUUUCAGAACAACUGAAAAGACACCAGCGAAUUCAUACAGGAGAGAAACCGUAUUGCUGCUCUGACUGUGGGAAGAGUUUCAGAGUUUCAGAACAUCUGAAAUCACACCAGCGAAUUCAUACAGGAGAGAAACCGUAUCACUGCUCUGACUGUGGGAAGAGUUUCAGUCAGUUAGCAGCCCUAAGAAAUCAUGAGCGAAUUCACACAGGAGAGAAACCGUAUCACUGCUCUGACUGUGGGAAGAGUUUCAGUCUGUUAGGAAACCUGAAAACACACCAUCAAAUUCACACAGGAGAGAAACCGUAUUGCUGCUCUGACUGUGGAGAGAGUUUCAGAGAAAGAGGAACCCUGACAAAACAUGAGCGAAUUCACACAGGAGAGAAACCGUAUAGCUGCUCUGACUGUGGGAAGAGUUUCAGUCAGUUAAGUAACCUCAAACAACACACCAGCAAACUCACACAGGAGUGAAAUUGUAUCAGUGCUCUGACUGUGGGAACAGUUUCAACAAGUUAGGACAUCUUCAAACACACCAGUGAAUUCACACUGGAGACAAACCCUAAGGACCAUGUUCAUUCAGAAAGAAACAUUACCUUACAUCAGCGCUCCAGAUAAGGUUUAGCGUCUGGGAGUAAUUUACCCUCUAAUUUUAACACAGAGAGUAAAAUGUAUUUUCAGUGGGUAAAAUGCAACAUUUCUUUGAAGUCCUGAGUAAUGAUAAAUACUGUACAAUCGUUGAUGCUAAUGGGCAGGCAUUAAAAAAGCCUUCCAUUUUAACUGCAGUGUUUCUUUGAACUACGGCACAACCACAGCUCUACAAGGUUCUUUAUCGGCUUUAUCGCAUUUUUUUUCCAGGUAUCACACUGACUCUGCAAAUCAAUUACAUUAUAUUUUAACAUGAACCUCUUUUGCGAUACAGACGUACCUGGCACGUCAUGAUUAAAAACAUGGUUAAAAAUGUUUAAAAAAAAUAUAUGAAUCUGGAUUGCUGUUUUUUCACUCGGGGUCGCUCAUCGAGGAGUUAUUACACAACAUAUUAAUGUCAUUAUAUUACAUAAAUAAAAUAUAUUUGAUGUGAUGCAGUUGUUAAAUGUAAUUUACAGCCUGUUUGAAUGCAAGCAGUGGCCAUCUAUGGCUUCCACUGGAAACAUCCAGAAUGAAUUUAAAACAAUCUGUGUGUAACUUUUGUUUUCUUUUCAAUGAGGAUUGAUAAUAAAAAAAGUUUACCUUUU